CAGCCGAGGAGCCAUGGCCGGGGCCGGGGGCCCAGCGCGGCGGCUGCUCCGGCCCCGCCGGCAGCGGGGCGGCGAGGAGGCACCGGGAGAGCAUCUGGCCUGUGAGCGAAAAGCCAAGGAGGAGCGGCAAAGUGCAGAGCUGCUGAAACAGACUGAAGCUGAGAGGCAGAAGAUCGUUGCGGAGUGGAAGGAGCUGCGAGGGUUUCUGGAGGAGCAGGAGCAGCUCCUGCUGUCCCAGCUGGAAGAGCUAGCCAGAGCCAUCGUCAGGAGACGGGACGAGGGCGUCUCCAGACCGUCCGGGGAGAUUUCCCUGCUUGGAGAGGAGGGGCAGCAGCAGCCAGGGAGCCAAUCCCCACAGGGUGCUGGAUGCACUGAGAGCAGCAGGGAGGACGGGCCGUUUCAGAAGCCAGAGCUGGGGUUUGCAGAGCUGGAGAAGAGACUCAGCGAUUUCUCUCUGAAAAGUGCCAUCCUGCAGGAGGUGCUGCUGGGAUUCAAAGAGACUCUGCGACUGGAGCUGGAGAACAACACAGCAGGUGAUGGGGCAGUGAGUGAGAACGAGGAGGAGAAUCCGCAGCAGGGAGAUACUCAGCAUGUGGAACCACCCGGGAUGUUAUCAGAAAGAUCUGAAAAGAAUAUUCACUGGAAUCGUGAGCAGAGAAAAGGUCAUGAGAGUCCGCUCUGGCCAGAGAAGCAGCAGGGAAAUCAGCCAGGGGAGGGUCGGGGAAGUGGCCAGGAUCUCCAGGAAACCACAGCCCAGCAGAGAAUCCCCCCAGGAGUGAGAAAAAACACCUGCACGGAGUGUGGGAAAACCUUCAGUAGCUGCUCAGCUCUUAUUACACAUCAGAGUAUCCACAUGGGCAAGACACCCUAUAGAUGCUGCGAGUGCGGGAAAAGCUUCAAUCGGAACUCGCACCUUAGUAGACAUCGGAGACUCCACACAGGACAGAGACCCUUUAAAUGCUCCGAGUGCGGGAAAAGUUUCAGUGUGAGCUCAAACCUCAUUGCACAUCAGACAAUCCACACAGGAACCAGACCCUUUACCUGUUCUGAGUGCGGGAAAAGCUUCAAUCGGAACUCAAACCUUAUUACACAUUUUAGAAUCCACACGGGCAGUAGACCUUUCACAUGUGCUGACUGUGGGAAAAGCUUCACUGACAGCUCAAACCUUACUCAGCAUCAGAGAACACAUGUGGGGGAGAGACCCUAUAGAUGCUCUGAGUGCGGGAAAAGCUUCACUCGGAGCUCAGACCUUAUUAGACAUGAAACAAUCCACACAGGAGACAGACCCUUUAAAUGCUCAGCGUGUGGGAAAAGUUUCAAUCAGAACUCACACCUUAUUACGCAUCAGAGGAUCCACAAGGGAGAGUAAUCCCAUAAAUAGCUUGGCUAGGGCUGGCCGAAGUUUUUUUUUUUAUAAUACAUUUGCUAUUUCCCACAUCGUGACCUUUAAAGCUGUUUGCACCAUUUGCUUCACUGUGGUCCCUCAGCUCCCCCAGGUGAAUUGCCCGCUUUUGCUGCUCAUCUUUCUUUGGGGUGAAGCCCAUCGUCUGUUCUAUCAAUUCCUUGAUAUCCUCUAAGGCAUGGGAGUGUGUGCCCCUCCUGCCAGGAAUGUCCGUCAGUCCCAGAUAGGGAUGACCUCAACUAGCUACAUUGAGGUAAAAAUCUACUUGGACUUUGUCUCUACUAGGGUUUUUUGGGAAGUUAGCAAGCUUGAGUAGCUAGCUUGAUUUAAAUACUAAACUAUUUUUGCAGUAAAGACAUAGCCCUGCUAAAAUGGUUGGGGUUAGCUAGCGCAUUUCUCCUUAAGCUGACCCAACCUCCAUCACUCUUCCUAGUGCAGACAAUCCCAAGCAUCACAUUUCUAUUUACUCCUGCGGGAACUCUGCGCCAAAAAAAUAAAAAUUCUGCACACAAUAUUUUAAAAUUCUGAAAACAAACACUACAUAAUCAUGCCAGUUUCAAUUAUUUUGGUAAUUUAUUUCAAAAUACCUGUCAGCAAGUAUGACUGUAACAAUACAGACACACACAAAAUUUCCCCCAGGAGCAGAGAGUUAAAGAAACCUCUAUGACAACCUAGUUCCUGUUUCUCUGCCCCACCCCGCCCCCACCCAGAGCCCAGCUGGGUGGUCAGAGCCCAUCCGUGGCCUCCUCAGGCCAGACACCAGCUCCCACCCCCCCUUGAGCCCAGCUGUGACACACCCCUGGCCAGACACCAGCUCUCCUUCCUCCCUCCCCCCAGACCAGCUGUGGCCCCCUUAGGCCAGACACCAGCCCCCCUCCCAUGUAGAGCACAGCCAUAGCCCCCCUAGGCUGGACACCAGCCCCCCUCCCGUGUAGAGCCCAGCCGUGGUCCCCCCAGCCCAGGCACCCAUCCCCCCCACCACCCAGAGCCCAGCCGUGGUCCUCCCAGCUCAGACACCAGCCCCCUACUGGCCACGGAUCCAGAGGGAGAAACAGCCUGUUGCUGGGUCCCAGGCUUGUGUGGAGUUUCCUGCACACCGCCCGCUCCUUUCCUCGGGGCGUGCGGGGAAUUGCAGCUGCCAGGAACUCUCCACUCUCUCCCCUGGUCCUCCCCACCCCCGCAGUGUCUUGUGUGUGCAAGCAGGGCUCAGCCGGAUCCAGCGGCCCCUGCUGGCGGCCAGCAGCAUCGCAGCCUAUUUCUAGGGGGGAAAGGAAAUUAUGCGUAAAAACCAUUAAUUUCUGCAAAAUUCUGCAUUGCGCAGUGGCACAGAAUUGCCUCAGGAGUAUUCUUGUUCCCCCACUAGCAGGGUGAUUGUCAGAGUACUCCCUCACUGCUACAGCUUUAGAAUUUAUUCUAUCCCUCCGCCUCUCAAAGUGUCAGGUGACACACUGUUCUCAGCUCUGUGCUUAGGAAUCACAUACUUGUAAGCACUGGAGAUGAAAGUGUCACAGACCUAGAGGGGAGAUUUGAGUGGAUCCCAAAGCCAGUGUGGUCGGUCUGAUCUUAAAUUCCAGUUUCCAUUGAUUGAAAAAGUGACUUUGGGGCUUUUUCAUGCUGAGCAGAUGGAAAAACUGCUGUUUUCCCCCAUUUCAAAUAUGCUAAAACUGUUGAAAAUAAUGAGGUGGUGUUGAGUGAAGCAGGUUUGAAUGGAUCAUAGGAGAACACAGUGGGAGAAUUUAUCCUCCUGACUUUUGAAUCACUAGAUAGAACCUCCUCUGGAAUUCAUAGCAUAUUACACGGUAAUUGUCAUAUUUCUCUGCAUUAUGGAUUUCUCUUUCCUGAAUGCCGUUUGGUCACGUAACUGGAUAUUUUGUUGGACAGAAUGUAGAUCAGAUUUAUUAGGGACUUUGAAACAGAUGACCAUUUGCUAAAAUAGUCUUGUGGUUUUUUCCCCCAUCCCUCCACGGUGACAGAGGAAAUUCUUUCAGUCACCGGGAGAGAAUGCUCCAAUUUAUUGGGCAUGCUACCAAGGAACUAGUCGUAUAUUUUAAAUCUCCAUACUAAAAUGGUGAACAACAGUACACCACAAAUGGUGCAACUAGCUGAAGUAAUUGGAUAUGAUCACACUGUUGUUCAGUUGGUUGGGUCAAUAACGUGUCAGAUGAUCUGGGGAGAGAAUUUCACAGGAAGUGACUUGGAACUAGGCAAAACAUUUGGUUCCCAAAACAGUUGUGGCCCAGGCAGGUCCGGAUUAAAAAAUUUUGGGGGUCCCUCCCCACCUUCCUUAAACUAGAUAGAGCAUGUGGUAUACUAUAUGUAAAUAUGAGAUCCUCUUCAUUUAUGAUGAUGAUUUCAGAGUUAGAGCUUUCUCAGCAAAAAAAAAUACAGAAGCACCACUGAAAGUGAAAUGAUGGUGUCUUAUGCUAACUUAUACAGUAGCAUAGUGAACUUUGAGAAUUAGAACACAAACAGAAUUUGAAUAUAAGAAUAAAAAUUAGCCCCACUGAGUGUAAAAAAGCAUUACGAUGUGCUGUGCUGCAUGUUUCAUGUACUGGAAGAAAACAUGUAUGUUUAAUAUAUUUUAAUGUGUUUUGUU